GGAGGAUGAACCGACACCUGAACAUGUGGGCAGCUCUCCGCUCCUACGGCCGCGUCACAGCUCCAGCUGCCAGGUGAUGGAAACAACAGGCAACCGACGGCCCCGCACCAACUGAAGUGUCCCGCUUGUUUUCUCCGAGUCUCCUCCGUCCCUCCUGCUCUCCUGCCCGGCUCCGCUGCACAGCCACAGCCGGUCCGACUGCUGCACCGCGCCGCUGCUAAUUCAGCUAAGGUUAGCUAAAGGGCUAACCAGCUGCUUGCAGGCUCCCCCAAAAAUGGCCACUGUUCCAAUUCCUGCUGGGACCAGUGCACUCUUACUGGACAUCGAAGGCACCACCACACCCAUCACAUUUGUUAAGGAUAUCUUAUUUCCAUACAUCAGGGAGCAUCUUGAGGAGCACCUGUCGAAUCACUGGGAAGAAGACGAGUGCAAACAAGAUGUUCAUCUUCUAAAAAAACAGAUUGAAGAAGACAUGAAACAGAACCGGUCGUGUCCUGUCCAUGCCGUGGACCAGACGGUUCACACAGAUGAGGAGAAGGCCAUUAGAGAAGUGGUGGAUAAUGUGCUGUGGCAGAUGGCGGCAGACAGGAAGUCGACAGCACUCAAACAACUCCAGGGUCACAUGUGGAGGUCGGCGUAUGCUUCAGGGAGAAUCAAAGGCGAGAUCUAUCAGGACGUAAUCCCAUCCAUCAAAAGAUGGAAAGGACAGGGCCUUAAAGUCUACGUAUACUCCUCUGGAAGCGUGGAGGCACAGAAACUUCUGUUCGGACACUCUGUCGAAGGAGAUGUUUUAGACUUAUUCGAUGGUCACUUUGACACCUGUAUAGGAACUAAAGUGGAAGGAAAAAGCUACGAGAAAAUUGCAGCGAAAAUUGGCUGUCAACCGGAGGAAAUCACGUUCCUGACAGACGUCGCUCGAGAGGCCAAAGCAGCCGAAGAAGCUGGGCUGAACGUGCUGGUGGUGGUGAGAGCUGGAAACAUGGAGCUGACCGACGAGGAGCGGGCCAACUACAAACUCAUCACAUCCUUUAACCAACUUGAACUGAUGGGUCGAGUUUAACGCAGAGGAAGACGAGAGGAACUCCUCUGACUUCCUGUCAUAAUGACCUUUUCCUUCUCCUCUUUGCCCCCACCCCUCCCGACAAACCCCUUUUUUUGCAACCCUGUUGUUUUUAUCUUUGGUCAAAGUUGACCGCUCCGGCGGUGGAGCGGAUGCUGCUGGAGUUGCAGUCAGCCAUCAGCAGGGCUAACGAGGUCCAUCUUUCCAGUUUCAGUACGCCUUUCACAUCAAUGGAAACAUACACAGAGUGGAAAAUCACUCACAUUGGACCUUUGCUUUGACUGGGAAGACGACAGAAAGCUGUAGAUAUGACGUGUGAGAUUCCCCUUCCUUUUUACCUUUUUAGAUGAACUGUAUUUGAUCGCCACUCCUGAACGUCAUCAGUGUUGAUCGAAACGUUCCAACUGUCUGUGUGUGCAAGCAAGCAUAUUGUAUUUUGUCACCAUUUUGUAUACAUUGUCCACUUGUUUCCUCCCUCCACGUGUACACGCGUUGCACAUGUAUGAUGUAAUAUCCUGUAGUCAAAGUGUAAUGUUGUAGAAAGUAGAACAGUGUACAUGUAGAUGCACCCAGCAGAGGUGCUGCCAAGAGAGAGUUCUCAAUUCAAAACGUGCUGGAAUGUCUGAAUGUGUCUAUUUAACUGUGCCAUCGUAGUUCAUAUGUGAUGUCGGUUUCUGGAGUAGCCUGAAGUAGCUAAAUCUCUAAUUUAUGUGUGAAACAACAUUGUUACUGUUCAGGAAAAUGACUUCCAAUAAAAAUGCCGUGGCUCACACACAA